AAACAUUUUCCCCUCAUAGUUAAAGCAAAAGCACGGGCUCAAACAGCUUCUUUGGAGAAAACUUGACAACUCAUCAACUCCUUCAAAAGAUCUUGUGGGUACCUAAGCCCCAAGGCCCCUUGAUAUAAACAUGGCUGAUGCCCAGGACAACGCUCUGAGGAUCGUGCUGGUCGGGAAGACUGGAAGUGGGAAAAGUGCCACAGGAAACACCAUCCUCGGGGGAAACGUAUUCAAGUCUAGGCUUGCUGCCCAGGCUGUUACCAAAACUUGUCAGAAAGCAUCCCGGAAAUGGGAGGGGAGAGACCUUCUCGUUGUUGACACCCCAGGGCUCUUCGACACCAAGGAGAGCCUGAGCACCACCUGCAGGGAAAUCAGCCGCUGUGUCCUCGCCUCCUGCCCCGGACCUCACGCCAUCGUCUUGGUCAUGCAGCUGGGCCGCUACACGGAGGAAGAGCAGAAAACCGUGGCGUUGAUCAAGGCUGUGUUUGGGGAAGCAGCCACGAAGCACAUGAUCAUCUUGUUCACUCGCAAAGAGGAGCUGGAGGACCACAGCCUAAGCGACUUUGUGCGGGGUGCGGAUGUAAAGCUACGAAGCAUCCUCAAGGAGUGCGGAGACCGCUGCUGCGCCUUCAGUAACAGGAGUACAGACCAGGCUGAGAAGGAAGCUCAGGUGCGGGAGCUGGUGGAGCUGAUAGAGAAGAUGGUGCAGAACAACCAGGGGGCUUACUUUUCCGACGCCAUAUACAAGGACACGGAGGAAAAGCUGAGAAAGCGGGAGGAAGUCUUGAAGAAAAUCUACGCUGAUCAGUUAGAAAAGGAAAUUAAACUACUUCAAAAGGAAUAUGCCCAUAGACCACAGGAAGAAAAGGAGGAACAAAUAAAAUUGCUAAUGAAGAAGCAUGAUGAACGAAUGAAAAAUAUAAGGGAAGAAGCCAAGGAGAAUUUAUUUCAAAUUGUUUUCAAGGGGAUUAAAAAUAUUCUUUCAAAAGUAUGGCAAAUGUUUUGGAAGUAGUGUAAAUUGUAUUUUUACUUCUCAAUUUACUGUAACUUGUUAAUA